CCACGCUGGGUGUGCACACUCUGACAGACGUACUGACGCUGACGACGGGCAUCACAAAGAGAAUGGAAGAGGUUCUGUACGCUGCCUCCAGACUGUGGGGCGUUCAGGUGGAGCGGGUGGAGCUUAAAGACCUGACCCUCCCCGUCAAUCUGCAGCGCUGCAUGGCUUCAGAGGCCGAGGCUGCCAGGAAGGCCAGGGCCAAGAUGAUUUUGGCCGAAGGGGAAGUGAAGGCGUCUCGUGCUUUGAUGGCGGCGGCGUCAGGACUUCCCCCCGUGGCGUUCCACCUCAGAUACCUGCAGUCGUUGUCCUCCGUCCAGAGCAGCGCGUCCAUCGUGGUCUUCGCCCUCCCCACAGAGCUCCUGGACAUGUUCGUCUCCCAUCAGCCUUAGCUCUCUGCAAUGUCUCAGCAGGGAGUAAAAAAAAAAAAAAGGUAGAAAAACAUCAAACCUAUGAGAACAAAGUUUGAUGAUGUCGUGGAGUAGUGUAGGAUCAUGGGAGUUGUUGUCUUCAUUAAACAUUGUUGGGAACAUUUGGGAUAAUGUAGGAACAUAACUCAACAGCAUAUAGAUCAUAGAGCUAGAGUUAUAUGCAUUUUAAUGUGGGAGUGUUAUUAUUAUACCUACCUCUACCUCUUGUGUUAUACCUUUAAUAAAAUCAGUAUUUAUUAUAUUUA